UCACGUCCCAAAAAUAGCACUGGGCGCCGUUUCAACUUGAAAACCGCCUACUUCGGGGCCGCAGCCAGCCUCUCUGCCUGCCUGCCACUGAGUGUGAGAUUUUUGUGGGAAUACUUGGCCAUCUUCCAGGGAGUGUUUUUUUUCUCUACCUCCUCCCUCUACUUAUUUUUUCCCUCCCUCCCUCCCUCCCUCCCUCCCUCCUCUAAUGUGACUGUCAGAUGAGCUAGCUAGCUGUUAGAGGAGAGGAGCACAUGGGAUCCACGUGACUAUAGACAGCAUGUGUAAACAACUCUCAACUUCCUGUUCAAACACAAUCACCUCACCUCUCCUGCCAAUAUCAUUACCACAUCAUGGCAUUAGGGCCUGACUGAGUCCUGAACUGGAGAAAAUGUAUUAGCUCCACAAUGUGUUUUGAGUAGCCAGAUGGAUAAAUGGUGCAGCUAAUGUUUCUGAAUUGGACACCGGAUUCCAGUAGUUCUGCUGAGAGGAUCACACAGCCUCUCUAAAGUGAUCUGGUGGGUCUGUUGCAUGGUUUCCACAGGGUUUCCGUUAGGAAAAUGUGGCGCCGGGAAGAUUUUAAUUUACUGUCCAUUUUAGAAAUUUACUGGACCCAUAUGCAUAUGCACCCAUGGUGCUCAGAAUGACAGAAAUCAUAUUUAAAUAAUGGUAAUUAAUCUUAACAUACCAUGCAACUCCUGUAAUGAAGCAGACAAUAAAACAUAAUAUUCAAACAUUCGCUAAAAUGCAAUUUGCGGAAAACAUGCACCAGAUGCAUGUGGUAUAUGACAGAAAUAUAAAAUCUCUGUUAAAUUUAGAAAGAGGGUGAAUCUAAAGAUGCAACAACUAGGAAGGCCUAGCUGAUUAUUGAAUUGUGGCUGUCAGUGAAAAGCAUCUGAAAUAUGUGUGAAGUUAAUGUGUCUUGAGUAUAAUUUUAAAUGUUGAGACAAGAAGAAGGGUAGAGGUGUGUGGCGAAGAUAGCCUAUAGGUUUCUCUGUCCUGACGUUGACGGAGCGUUCCAGAAGUAGCCUAUCUGGCCUGCUGUACGCAAAUGUAGGAAAAUGCCCAUUUGGGGAUUUCUGGUUGUCUUAACUCACCACGUCCACCACUAAUAAGCUGAGCUCCAGUCAUUCUUUAUUUACCUCACACAGUAAGUCAACAAAGUCUGUUUUUUAAACACACAUUGUGAAUGAUAGCCUAAUAUUUCCUCACAGUAGGCCUAUUUGAAAAAUCUUUCCAACAAUCUCCCCCUCGAUAAUAACCAAGCCUCUGUGUGAAAGAGCAAAAUUAUAAUCAAUAUCAACAUCAUAAAAUACCUUGCGCAAAAACAGCUGUCUGUCCCUAGCUCACUGGUGCUGGAAACUCUGGGAAUAAGCUAGUUGAUACAAUGUUGCAAAUUGACUAGAGACUGCUUCUGGCUGGGAUCCAGUUGAUUGAUUUGAUACAAUGUUGCACUUCACUAGUGAUAGCUCAAGUCAAGACUGAUAUAGAAAGACAGGCUGAGUAGAGAAAUGAAUUUGAUUGAAAGAACCAGAAUUUUCAUCUGUAUAUUUUCUACUGUUUUUAUUUGUCGGCUUUGUAUUUUUACUUAGUUGCCAAUGGAAGUUCUAGGCCACCGGCUGCAUUGGCCAUCUCUGAGUUCCAUGCACUCAUUUAGACUAUUUAGCCGCCAAUGAUCAUGGUAUAUCAGUGUGUCCAUAUGGCAGAGGCUGGUGCUUUCGCAUUAGUUGAAUUUGAACUUUUACAUUUUAUUCACGAUUUUUAUGAUUAACCACAUGACAAUGAUUUUGAGAAACAAAAGCGUUAUUAUUGAAAUGAAAGUGUUCCACGAAAAGCAUAUGAAAAUCAUAACUGGCACGAAGAUCGGUAGAAACAGUAGGAUAAAUUGUAUGCUUCCCCGAACUUGAAACUCAUGCGCCUCCUAUGAAGUCUUUAUAAAAUAAUUGCCUCUAUGGUUGGAUUUUCAAGCAAGGUAAGACAUGCCUCAUAAUAUGAAGUAAAACAUUCAGGUUUCAAACAAUUAAGUAUGUUUUCAAAUGCAUACUGCCUCCUCCAGCUCACAUUAGGAGUGGUGAUUGACGUGCUGAUAGCCUGCCUAACGUUGUUUUUUCUCACAGUAAAUUUGGCCGCCAACAAUUUUAUCGGCUUUAAAAAAUAAAAUAACCGCACACAAAAGCUGGCAAUUACCGGCUAACGGAAACCCUGGUCUGUUUUCUUCUUUGCUGGUCUCUGGUUAUGUGGAUCCCCUCUGUAGACUUUGGCCAGAUGAGAUGACUGUUGACUUUUGCUGCCCAAUAUGUCUGAACUGUACAACCCUCAAUAUCCAAGUGAACAUCACCGCUGUCUAGUGCAUAACAAAAAUCAUUUGUUCCAAAUAAAUACUGUUUCUCGAUUCAUACUUCCUAGUGUUCUAUUUCAUUCUGUGGUUCUAAUUCUCUCCUCUCUCUUGUUCCAGGACCUCUCUGGUUCCAUAGAUGACCUGCCGACGGGUACGGAGGGGGCUCUGAGUCCAGGGGUCAGCACGUCGGGGGUGUCCAGUAGCCAGGGGGAACAGAGUAACCCCGCCCAGUCACCCUUCUCCCCUCACACCUCGCCCCACUUGCCUGGCAUCCGCGGGCCCUCCCCCUCCCCUGUGGGCUCCCCUGCCAGCGUCACCCCCUCCCGCUCCGGACCCCUCUCACCUGCUGCCGUGCCAGGUGGGUACAGAGAGAGGGAGAGAGAAUAGAGCCACUGGUUUCCAGAGAGAAGCAGUAAUCUAUCACAUUGUACACGUCCAGCUUCCUAAAGCAGGUGUAAACCACAGCUUUUGUUGUACGAUACAGAAGCAUGGUCUGUUUGUUAUGAUGCCCAGCGUGUCUGAAUCGCUGUGGUGCUCUCUGUUGAUGUCAUCACGCAGGUAACCAGAUGCCUCCCCGGCCGCCCAGCGUCCAUUCAGACGGCAUCCUCCACUCAUCCAUGAACCAGUCAGCCAUGGGCCAGGACAGGGGUGAGUAUGAAAAGAUAUAGGUCGUGUUUGAGAUCGACUACCCUGAAGCGGGCGACUGCAGCCUGAACGAUCUACAAAUCACCUUGCUUAUUUAUGGUUUGUUUGGAUAAGGACUGAUUGACAUUCAACACCCGACCUUGAUAGGCUUUUAGGAAAUGAAAACUAUACUUCUAUGGCUGCUGUGUGUAAAUUUAAAGAGUAUAGCUAACUUUUUCCUCUCCUCCAUCUUUCUCGCUAUCUCCCUCUCUCUCUUUUGUAGUGUACAUGCGUAACCCCCAGAUGCCUCCAUACGGGUCGCCGCAGCAACCUGGCUCCGCCUUAUCCCCUCGCCAGUCGUCGGGAGGCCAGAUGCAUCCUGGGAUGGGGCCCUACCCUCAGAACAACUCCAUGGGGAACUACGGCCCUCAGGGCGGACAGUACGGACCACAAGGUGAGGCCCCGUACACAGCUUGUGCACAGUGAAGUCAUUAAGUUUGUUCUGUCCCGCUUAAUGAUGACCUGGUUAAGAACAUUUUAAAGAUGCACUAUGCAGAAAUCGCUCCCCAUUUCCUGGUUGCUAAAAUUCUAAUAGUUAGCCUAAUUUCAGUUUGUGACAAAACAAGCAAGUAUAGUGUAAAUAAUCAUUGUAACAUCUAAACCGCUGUGAAAUAUAAUUUCCAUAACCAAAAAUAUUGUAUUUUCAGCUGUUUGAAGCUGGUGUACAAAACCGGAAGUAAAAGACGCAAAAACAAACUUAAGAACAAGAAGCAUAGAAAUAGCGCACAUAGAACAGAUCUACAGCUUCUUAGACUUACUUUCGAUGAGUGACAGAUCUAUAACACACAUUUCUAUGUGAUUUUGGUCGGUCGCCCCAAAAAGUUACAUAUUGCAGCUUUAAGAAGAUACAGUCUCAACUAUGUAGACCUCAUACAAACAGAUGGCAGCUAUGCAUUGUUUUUUGGCGCUCCAUGUGACUAAAACCCCUGAUGAAGGCUGCAUGCUGAAGCACCUUGGUUUUAAAGGGAUACUUCAGGAUUUUGCCAGAGUUGGAUAAACUUGUGGAUACCAUUUUUAUGUCUCGGCGUGCAGUUUGAAGGAAGUUGCUAACUAGCGUUAGCGCAAUAAAUACCAUACACUUCCAGUCAUUGCACUAACGCUAGAAAGUAUUGGGUCGCAAAACUACCUCUAACUUCCUUCAUACUGGAUGCGGAGACAUAAACAUGGUAUCCAUAAGUUAAUCUAACUCUGGGGAAGUAGAUAAAGGUCUUCAUUGCCAAAAUCCUGAAGUAUCCCUUUAACAAUGUCCUCCAAGAGCUGCUGAAUAAUUUUCUCACAGCUUAGUGAAAGGAGUGGGGAGGAAGAGAAGGGAAAAUGAAAGUGUCAAUAGGAUAUGAUCCUCCUGUUCUAGCUCUUACUGAAGCCCUGUAGUAACCAUGUGCUCCCCUUUGCUGCUUUGAAGUGCUAUUGCUGUAACAUACACCCAGGGCUCGUCCUGAUCGUAAAGCCAUUGAUUGUCGAGAUAGUAGGAGCACUGUACUCUCCUUUUUCCUCUCUUUUAUAGCCUUGUAUUGCUCUCUGGAAUGUUAAAAAAGAUCAGAACAUUCUAAUCUUUGAAAAGAUUUUUCAAUUGUCAUCCUACAACCAUCACAGCGUUUCUGAGGUAGCCUAGAUACAGAGAACCUUUUGAAGCUGCAUUUUAAAUGUAGAAUAGCACUCUCCCUCAGAGGGCUUUCUUCACGGUCUUUGAAGAAGUAUGGAGAUAGAUAACUCAUCGAAUCAGACUCUAGCCCAGCAUCUACACCGUUUCAUCAGCUAGCCUGUCAGCACAGAGACCGAGAGAGAGGCUAUAUCUGUGGAGUUAAAUUUAGACGUGGACCACUGAAACUCCCAGACAGGUUUCUAUAUGCCGGAGGCUAGAAGGUUUCAAUGAGGCAAGCUAGGUCUAGGUUCACCACAGGCUACAUACAACAGGCCUAAAGCUUCACCACAGGUAUCAAUCUAUCUGCUUGAAUAAAAACCUCCUUUUUAAACUCAAAUAUUAGGCCUAGCUGUUAAGUCCUUUUUCUUGAUUUUGAUUCAAUCAAGGCUCCAUUUUAGGAUUAGGACUCUUGCUGUGUUAGAGUAAGUCCUGGGUUGUAACUGAAUGAAACAGGGAGGAACUACAUGGACUUAUCCAAUAAUAACACAAAUUACGGUGUGCCCUUCUGAACAGUCCCCGGAUGUCUCUGUCUCUCUCCCCACCCUCCAGGUUACCCCAGACAGCCCGGCUACAGUGGCAUGCCCAACGCCAACUACCCUGGUGGUCCGGGGGGCAUAAACCCUGGUAUGAACCCUAUGCCAGGCCAGGCUGGUGGGGCGCCGUAUGCAGGCAUGCCCCCUGGCAGGAUGGGUCCGGGUCAGAUGGGUGCUCGCCCCUACUGCCCCGGGAUGGGCCCCAACAUGGGCCCCGGCAUGCCCCCACAGGUGACCUCUGGGAUGUGCCCCCCUCCAGGCAUGAACAGGAAGGGCCCUGGGGGCCCUCCGGAUGCAGCCUCUGCCAUGCACCACGGAGCCAACUCUAUACACAACCGGUAAGCUGCCUGGUCUGUACUCAACGACACUGCGUUGCUGCUUUAGGAGACAGUUCAGCAUUGAGUGCCAUUCAAUAUUAUAUGGUUCAUCUCUUUGUUGGAAAUUGUGUGUGUGUUUGUGUGUGACCCUGAAAAACCCAUUGUUUGAUUCUUCCCACUCCCAGGCUCUGCUGUGUGAGAGAGGAGAGGUCAGGUGUGAGCCAACCAGCCAGCUAAGAUGUAGACCAGUCAGGGGAACACAGAACACAGGGACAGGGAGGAAAGAUAGGUGGCAUAUGAGAACAGUGAUCCAGGCAGUGAGUCACACAGUUGUUCAGUCAGAAAGUCAGCUGAGCCUCCAAGCAGAGAAACAGAGCCACAGAGAGAAAGACAUUAGCCACAGAGCUCCAGAGGGAGACAGGCUGGAGACACAGACGUUUACAUCAGGAGGUAAGACAGGGCCCUGUUCAGUAUGGAGUAAAACAUUUUAAAACAGAGAAAUACUUUAUUUUUUUUGCGUGUUUUGCUAUCGUGUGCCCUACUGAGCACAACUCAAGUGUUCACGGAGGAUGUUGAGCAGAGAGGGGAAGGAGACAACGAGGCAUUUUAGGAAGAUGGGGGCCUCUGUAAGGAAAGGGAGGGAUGAGAAAUACAGUAUGAAAGCCUCUCAUCUCCAAAACAGAAACUUUUCAGGAAAUGGAAAAAAACCAGCCAUAUUUUCCCGUUGACGAACAUACAGUUAUGAGCUUUUCAUCCGACAGCCACGAUAUUCUUCUGUAUACAUGUUUAGAAUAUUGCCGUGUUGUUUUAUAACUGUCAUGUAUCGUAACCAUUGUGAAUGGUUUUAUAUAAUGUUGUCGCUCCCCCCCUUUCCAGGCCUCCAGGUUACCCCCCCAAUAUGCCCCAGGGGAUGAUGGGAGCAGGGUCUCCGUAUGGCCCAGGGCCGGGGGCCAUCAACAGCAUGCAAGGUAUGAUGAACCAGGGAGGACCCUACGGAGGAGGGCCAAUGGGAGGGAACAUGGCCAACAACACACCUGGUGAGUCUGGAGAAAAUAUCCAGUCUGGUUGCGUCUGGACAUGAUUUUAUCACCCAACUCAAGUGGACAAAUGAUUGCUUUUGGCAUAUCAUCUGACUUGAUAUUUGAUAUUGUAUAAAAUCGGCAAUAAAUUGGAUUGAAAUGUUACUUAACUAAUAUGUGGUACUACUUGGACUAAACCCCCCCCCCCCCCCUCCCCAUUUGUUCUCCAUCUGCCAGGCAUGGCUCCUAGCCCUGAGUUUGGCAUCGAUGUCAAACUGAACCCAGCCCAGAAGAUUAACAACAAGGUGGACGGCACGCCCAAACCUGAAACCAAGAAGGUAAAGAAGGUUUGUGGUUUCUGACUUGUGGUACUGAAUGAUACAGUCAGAAUGAAAGAGCUGCAUGGUUGUUUGUGCAUAUAAAUAGAAUCCCAAGAACAGUCAAAGCCCCUCUGACCAUGGUAACCUCAUGGGUACACGCAAUAUGGCUGACCUAGUAUUGUGAUUGGGAUUCUACUUCUAUGGGGUCAGUGAGUGGAAGUAAGUUGAAGUCGAUGGUGAAUAUCAAGCCAAAUCCUCACCACUUCCUUCUACCGUCUCCCUCUUUCAGAAGUCAAAUUCUUCGACGACGACCAAUGAGAAGAUAACUCGUCUGUAUGAGCUGGGUCCGGAGCUGGAGAGGAGGACGUGGGUAGACCGGUAUCUGGCGUUCGCUGAGGAGAAGGCCAUGGGCAUGACCAACCUUCCCGCUGUGGGACGCAAACCUCUGGACCUCUUCAGACUUUACGUCUCGGUCAAAGAGAUCGGAGGCCUCACACAGGUUAGUGGUUCCUCUGUUGCAGUAUUUGUGUAUAGUGUGUCUGUGCAUGUGUCUAUGUACCUCUGUGUUUUAGAAUACCGACGUCAUUAUUUGCCUGAUAACCUUGUUAUCGUCAUUUCAUUUUUCUACAGCAGUUUAGAACAUCACAUAUUUAGCUAGUUUGGACUCUGUUUGGUAGCUAUGGUGUUGUAAGAUCUCCUCGCUCCUUCCGCCCACCAGGUGAACAAGAAUAAGAAGUGGAGGGAGUUGUCCACCAACCUGAACGUGGGCACGUCCAGCAGCGCUGCCAGCUCUCUGAAGAAACAGUACAUCCAGUGUCUGUACGCCUUCGAGUGCAAGAUCGAACGUGGCGAGGACCCGCCCCCGGACCUCUUCACCGACGCCAAAAAGACCACCCAGCCCAAGAUCCAGCCCCCCAGCCCAGGUCCGUGCUGUGUUUGUCUUGGUCUUUAUUUGUGUGUGUCUGUCUGUCAGCCCCCUAGCCCAGGUGUGUGUCUGUCAGCCCCCUAGCCCAGGUGUGUGUGUGUCUGUCUGUCUGUCAGCCCCCUAGCCCAGGUGUGUGUGUGUCUGUCUGUCUGUCAGCCCCCUAGCCCAGGUGUGUGUGUGUCUGUCUGUCUGUCAGCCCUCUAGCCCAGGUGUGUGUGUGUCUGUCUGUCUGUCAGCCCCCUAGCCCAGGUGUGUGUCUGUCUGUCUGUCAGCCCCCUAGCCCAGGUGUGUGUCUGUCUGUCUGUCAGCCCCCUAGCCCAGGUGUGUGUCUGUCUGUCUGUCAGCCCCCUAGUCCAUGUGAGUGGCAGAUACUCAAACUAGUACUUCACAUCCCCUCCCUCCCAUACCGACUCUGUUUUGAGUUAUAGCUAGUCACAUUGAUUUAAAUGGAAUGAGUGAAAACAUUUGAUUAUAGCCUCAAGUCUUCUUGGGUAUGACGCUACAAGCUUGGCACACCUGUAUUUGGGGAGUUUCUCCCAUUCUUCUCUGCAGAUUCUCUCAAGCUCUGUCAGGUUGGAUGGGGAGCGUCGCUGCACAGCUAUUUUCAGGUCUCUCCAGAGAUUUUCGAUCAGGUUCAAGUCCAGGCUCUGGCUGGGCCACUCAAGGACAUUCAGAGACUUGUCCCGAAGCCACUCCUGCGUUGUCUUGGCUGUGUGCUUAGGGUCGUUGUCCUUUUGGGAGGUGUGGAAGGUGAACCUUCGCCCCAGUCUGAGGUCCUGAGCUCUCUGGAGCAGGUUUUCAUCAAGGAUCUCUCUGUUCUUUGCUCCGUUCAUCUUUUCCUUGAUCCUGACUAGUCUCCCAGUCCCUGCCGCUGAAAAACAUCCCCACAGCAUGAUGUUGCCACCACUAUGCUUUACCGGAUAGUGCCAGGUUUCCUCCAGACGUGACGCUUGGCAUUCAGGCCAAAGAGUUCAAUCUCAUUUUAUUCUAAACAUACUGGUAUGCUGAGGCCGUCCUGUGGUUGUCUAUGAGAGGCACAGACAGUGUGUGUUUGUUCUGUGGUUCCUCAUAGUCUUAUGCUGGAGGUUAAUGGGGCUGUCCUCAGUGAUCUGCUCCCCCCUGCAUAUCUCCUCAGGGGGGUGUUGUGUUCUGUCGGUGUUCUCGCCCCAAACACUGUUCGUUUUGGAGAGGCUGGUUUUUGGUAUCACCCAGCCACGUGCUCCUCAACAGUCUGCUCUGCUGGUCUGGCCCAGCCAAGCCAAGCCAAGGAUGGGCUUUCAUUUCAGGGGGCAGGGAGUCAGUGCCAGGAGGCUGAGGGGAGGAGGGAUGGGGGUUUGGUAGAGGUUAUGGGGGUGCAGGGAGAUCCUCUGUGGUGGGGAAUCAGUGCCAGGCUGGGGGAGAGAGACGAGGGUUGAUGGAGAGGGGAGAGGGGUGCAGGGGAGAUCCCUCUGAUGUGGAGUAUGUCAGCUGGCAGCCCCCCAGUAGUAAGGGGGGGGGGGGGGGGGGGGGUCGUCAUCUGUUGAUGCCUUCCAUUACUAGCUACUACUACGGCAGUGCCUAGUGUCUGGUUCCUGGCCCACGGCUUCACAGGCAACCCUCUCCCCCCUCCCUGGAGCUUUGUGCUGAGCCAGAAAAUGAUGAAUGGGAAAAGAGGUGGUUGUGUGUGUAAAGUCACACGCUUUUUUCUGCUCCCUCCCUCCCUCCCUCGCCUGCUGUCUUUUUUUUUUUCUCCCUUCCUGAGAUUCCCCCCUUUCGCCCUCCUCCUCCUCCUCCUCCUCCUCCUCCUCCACUCUUCAGCUGUAGUAGAGGGAAAUCCCUGCCCCGGGGGAAGGGAGUGCAAGCAGAUUGAUGUGCGCGUUGCCGUGUGUGAGAAGUGAGAAGAUUUGAAUAACUGUGACCUGUCAAUGACUGUGUGUGUGUGUGUCAGUUAAUGAAUGAAACACAUGACUCAUUAGACAGGCGUGCUAAUAGUGAGAAGUCAUGAGCCGGGCAACGGACGAGAGGCGCUCCAUGCAACACACAUGGUAAUCUGACGGAGGCUGAGGCUGACUUUAGAUCAUUGUUUCCUGGUGACUUUGUGAUGCCGGCAGCAAGGCAUGCUGAGAUGUGCUGAAGGAUUCAUCACCGCUGUGUGUGUGUGGGCGGCCAAAGCCAGCCUCUCUGUGCACUGUGUGUGUGCAGCAUGGGAAUGAGUUGAUGGGAUUGAGCUAGCCAACAGCAGCAGCAUGGGAGAGGGAGAGAUAGGGUUUAGUCUCUUAACACUGGGCUGAAGUGAUCUCUCUCUGUCACUGUGAGUCUCUUCUAUAAUAACGCUGAAGCUGUGUGUGCAUUCAGUGGGAUUUAGCCCUGUGACGUGUGUCUAAAAUGUGCGUAUCUCUACCGUGUGUAUCUCUUAACGUGUGUGUGUGUGUGUGUGUGUGUUGCAGCUGGAUCUGGAUCUCUGCAGGGCCCCCAGACCCCCCAGUCCACCAGUAGUUCCAUGGCGGAGGGGGGAGACCUGAAGCCCCCCACCCCAGCCUCCACCCCUCACAGCCAGAUGCCCCCCAUGCCAGUCAGGUACCCAUGACACUCUCUACUACUCUGUCUCAAAACAUCCUCUCACUCUUUACUACUCUGUCUCAAAACAUCCUCUCACUCUUUACUACUCUGUCUCACAACAUCCUCUCACUCUUUACUACUCUGUCUCACAACAUCCUCUCACUCUUUACUACUCUGUCUCAAAACAUCCUCUCACUCUUUACUACUCUGUCUCAAAACAUCCUCUCACUCUUUACUACUCUGUCUCACAACAUCCUCUCACUCUUUACUACUCUGUCUCAAAACAUCCUCUCACUCUCUACUACUCUGUCUCAAAACAUCCUCUCACUCUUUACUACUCUGUCUCAAAACAUCCUCUCACUCUCUACUACUCUGUCUCAAAACAUCCUCUCACUCUUUACUACUCUGUCUCAAAACAUCCUCUCACUCUCUACUACUCUGUCUCAAAACAUCCUCUCACUCUCUACUACUCUGUCUCAAAACAUCCUCUCACUCUCUACUACUCUGUCUCAAAACAUCCUCUCACUCUCUACUACACCUGACAACAAUCCCCUACCCUUCCUUCCUUCCACUGAAGAGUUGGUAACAAAAACAGAAUAGAUUCUUCCAUUCAAGGGGAACCAAACGAACAACACAAUUGAAAAUGGUAUUUAGCUUCUUCUUUUUUUUGUAAUCUCUAUUUCUCGCGCACCUUUUCUCUUUCCCUCUCCCCCUCCUCCUCCCUGUAGGCUGCAGGACCCAUUUGCAGACGGGGGCGACCCGGCAUUUGCCAGACGGAACUCUAUCACCCCCAACAGCUACCAGCCUGGGAUGGGUGGUCCGGAGAUGAUGGGUCGCAUGGGGCCCUACGAACCCAACAAGGACCCCUUUGGUGGCAUGAGGAAAGGUGAGCGAUAGGUUUAACUGGCUUUUAGAUAUUUUAUUUGGCGGUCACAGGAAAUUAUACAAGAAUACUGUACGAGGAGUAUAUAGUAUAUCAUGUGUGGCUUAGUUGGUUAAGAGCGUGGCGCUAGCAACACCAAGACUGGGUUGUGGUGGGCCCAAAGCAUCUGCUAAGUGGCCUAGACAGACUUGUCCCAUACAAUAUUGAGACACUGUUCAGUGUUUAACCCUAACUCUCUGCAGCUGGAGAGCAAUUCAUGACUCCAGGGCCGGGGCCUAACAGUGGUAUGGAGGGGCAGUUCAACAGAGGCCCCCCAGGGCCCAUGGGCCCCAACAUGCAGAUGGGUCCGAGACAACAGUACCCCUACGGACCUGGAUAUGACAGGAGACAGGAGCCAGGGAUGGGUCCUGACGGCAGUAUGGGUCCUGGGGCCCCCCAGCCCAACCUGAUGCCUUCAGGGGCCGACUCGGGGAUGUACUCCCCUAGCCGACCCCCACCGCAGCAACGGUCAGUACCUCAAACUGGGCUAAGUCACAUACAGGGUCUUAUACAUGUUAAAUACAUUACUGUCUUUUCUCAAGAAGGCUUUGAUCUUAGUGUGAGCUUAUGUUAUCUAUUCAAGCGUUUGCUUUAUCUUAUUUUGUGUUUUCUGUGUAGUUUAUUUUAGUUAAGUUCUGCUGCAUUUCAAUUGCCGAAGUUUGUUAACCGGUAUGUUGUAUGUUGUGUUUCAGUCAUGAUUCCUAUGGUAAUCAGUACCCUGGCCAAGGAGCGCCACCUGGUGGCCCCUACCCCAAUCAGCAGCCAGGAAUGUUUCCACAGCAACAACCCGUAAGUACAUUUUGUCCAUUGCUCUCUUUGUGUACUCAUAUCUGCUUCAGAAGCCUUGUAAAUGUUCACUUGCAUUUAUCAGUAUAACGUAUUCAGUGAAAUGAAUGUGGGAUGUUUUAUUGAUACGAUAUGAAUGUAAAAAAGGCAUAUAAUAACCUACUGAAAUGUAUUGAAUCCAUAAUCAAUAUGUACGUGCUGGAUAUAUAAUCCAUUGGUUUGAUAUUGAGAUGCUAACAAUGUGUAUGCAUGUCUUCAGAACUACAAGCGUCCUCCAGUGGACGGGGGCUACGGUCCCCCAGCGAAGCGUCAUGAGGGGGAUGGGAUGUACAAUGUCCCCUUCAGCGGUCAGCAGCAGCCGGGGCCCCAGCCCUCCGGGGGCCCCCAGGGCCAACAGGACAUGUACAAUCAGUACAACGCAGGCUACCCCGGCUCUGACCGCCGACCACCUGGCCCCCAGGGCCAGUUCCCUUUCCCCUUUGGCCGAGACCGGGGGUCCUCCAGCGGGGGGCCCAACUCCCAGUCCCCCAUGCCUCCCCAGAUGAUGGGCAGCCCUAUGCAGGCAGCCCCUGAUGGCCCCCAGGGCCCCAUGUGGCAGGGACGCAAUGAGAUGGGUUACCCCAACUACCCCAACCGCCAGGGGCCUCCAGGACCUGGCCAGGGGCCCCCCCAGGGCUACCACGGCAUGAACCGCUCUGAGGAGAUGAUGCCAGGGGCCGACCAGCGGAUGAACCACGAGGGCCAGUGGCCGGGACACCCCAGCCAGAGACAGUCCCCCUACGGGCCGGGGGGCUCGGGCCCCCCCAUGUCCAGACCCCUGCAGUCCAACUAUCAGAGCUCCCAAAACCACAUUUCCCAGGUGUCCAGCCCCGCUCCCAUGCCCCGCCCCAUGGAAAGCCGGACGUCCCCCUCAAAGUCGCCCUACAUGCACUCAGGCAUCAAGAUGCAGAAGGCGGGGCCCCCCGUGCCCGCGUCCCACAUAGGCCAGGCCCCCAUGCAGCCCCCCCUCAUCAGGCGGGACAUAGCCUUCCCCCCAGGGUCGGUGGAGGCCUCCCAACCCAUCCUCAAACCCCGAGGACGACUCACCAUGAAAGACAUCGGUAUGAAAGUGUUGGCAGAUUCUUUUCACCCAAAACUUGCCAUUUUCAGGAGAUUAAAUGUUAGCAGACCCUUUGCACAAAGUCACUUACGCUGUUUCUAAAAAACAAAACAAUUAUUUAAUAAAAAUAAUUAUACUCCUAAACAAUGUUCCCUCAAAUUUUGGGGCACUGAGCACAUUUUUGGUAUUGUGAGCGGAAACUUGAACGUUGUUAGAAUUUUGUGCAAGUUCCGGCGCGUGUUUACAGUGAACGCUGAGGCUGUACCCUUACAGUUUUAGACAGUAGCCAAUAGGCUAUUGUGGCUAUUUGAGCAUAAUGUAGGCCUACCAACAAAACCAAUGGAGCAAAUCCCAUAAGAUUUUCACAUGGAAAUAGCUUUUGAUUUCUAUGAUAUAGCCUAGAGUAGCCUAUAUGUGGUGUUCAAUGCAGGCCUACAUUGCAUGAGACUUUAAAAAUGUUUUUACAUUAUGAAGGGCUUGACAUUCAUUCAUGAUUUUUUACUUGGUCUGUAACACCAUGGGCCAAAUAGGUGACUGUAAAUUGCAUUGUUGUAUGAUGCAACAAACCACUUUACAAAAUAACAUUAAUUAUUAUUACAAUACAGAAGAUUAGACAAUGUAGGCUACCCCUCUGCCUAUUGACUUAUUUGCAUUUUCAAGCCUGUCUCAAAAUACAACACUGCCCCUUUAAUUAAGACAUACGUUUUUUACCUUACUCGCUUUUCAAAGACAGCUUGAAAUGUAGCCUACAUGUUUUGUGCUCUUGUAGGAAGCAGUAACUCCCCAUUGCUGAUCUAUGCUUAUCUAUAAAUGGGCUAAUAACUUGCUAACUAGCAAAGAAUAUCAACAAAUGUUCACAGGCGCGGCUCUGAUCUGAAAUAUGAAAAGCGCAUUCAUUCACUCGCUGGUGAUUGGAAAAACCCCUCAUGGGCUACCCACCCGAAUUCUACUCCGUUACGCUCUGGCUCUGCCUACAACAAAAUCAGACUCAAUCUUGCAAAGUUAGAUUUGUUUUGGUUUGUUGCAUUAAAAAGGGACUGAUAUAAUGUUUUUUCGAUCACAGAAAAAAAGUGUAUCUAUAUAGUGCAAACUAAUGGGGCGAACUCGGUGAAGUUCAAUCUCUUGCGCCGGUGAGCGGCCUGCCGCUACGCGGCAGCUUAGAGGGAACAUUGCUCCUAAAUGUUUGUAAUUUUGAGGUAGUGCCAUCAUCCUAUAUCAGUCACUGAUGUAUUUUCUGCUCGUUCCCUCAGGCACCCCAGAGGCCUGGAGAGUGAUGAUGUCACUGAAGUCAGGCUUACUAGCUGAGAGCACUUGGGCCUUGGACACCAUUAAUAUUUUACUAUACGAUGACAACAGCAUUUCUACUUUCAACCUCUGCCAGGUGAGUUCCAACAGGCAUUAGAAUGAUGAAACACCCAUAAUAAUACUUUUAUAUUAAUAUUAUACUUUUAAAAUAUUACAUGUUGAAGUUGGUAUCUUACCAGAUGAUACAGUAAUCUUUUCUAAGAAGCAUUCUAAUAAAACUUCAAAAUGUCAAUAUGUAUUAUCUGACAUUAUCCUCCAGAUUUUCUAGGUUGUCCUGAUCACAUCUCUGUAUAAAGAAUUCAUGCGUGAUUAUAUUUGUCAUUGAUGUGGAUGUCUAACUACAGCCUGUCCUAUCCUGUCUCCUCUCAGCUGCCAGGGUUCUUGGAGCUGGUAGUGGAGUAUUUCAGACGCUGCCUCAUCGAGAUCUUCGGCAUCCUGAAGGAGUAUGAGGUGGGAGACCCUGGCCAGCGGACGCUCAUCGACCCGCAUGCUGCCGACGAAGACUGGUCCGAUGAAGAGCUGCCCGAGCAGGAGGACAUGGAGGAGGACGAGGAAGAAGAGGAGGAGGACGAAGAGGAGGAGGACACCACCACCUCGUCGCAGCAGGUCCAGGUGAAACAGGAGGAGGAGGAGGAAUCCACGACGGAGAACUCGACAGCAGAGGAGGAGGAGAAGGAGAGGAAAGGAGGAGAGUCUUCUUCCACCUCCUCAGCCCCCCAGAACCUCAGCCUCCUCCAGGAGAAACCCAAACAGGCCAGUAAGUUCGACAAGCUACCCAUCAAGAUGGUGCGUAAGAAAGACCCCUUCCCCGGGGGCCGUUCCAGUAAGCUAGGCCGGCGGCAGAGCUUCGACAGCGGGCUGAUCCACUGGAGCAUCGGCGGGGGGGACACCACGGAACACAUCCAGACUCACUUCGAGAGUCAGUGCGACAUCCUCAAGCAGCGGAAACGGGUGCCGCCAUCAGCCACCGAGAGUAGAAAGAAGGUGGCCGUGCCCGCGACGGUGUCAGAAGACCCAGAGAAGACCACUAAGCCUGGCAAGGAAGAGCAGACCACCUCCCCUGCAGAGAAGACCACCAAGGCCUCUGCCCCAACCACGCCCGCCCCGGUCACUGCUACCAUCGACGACGUCCUGUCGGCCCGGCCGGGCUCGGUGACGGAGGAGGCGGUGCGAGGAGCAGCCGAGGAGCAGAAGGAGAACGGGGGGAAGUUCCUGUUCUCCAUCCGCCAGGCGCAGCAGAGCCGACGCAACAUCACCAUCCUGGAGGACGAGCCUCACAGCAAGGAUGAGACCCCACUGAACACGCUGUCGGACUGGCAGGACACCCUGGCUCGCCGCUGCGUCUGCGUCUCCAACAUCGUCCGCUCGCUGUCCUUCAUCCCCGGCAAUGACCUGGAGAUGUCCAAACACCCGGGGCUGCUGCUGCUGCUGGGCCGUCUGGUCCUGCUCCAUCACCGCCACCCAGAGAGGAAACAGGCCCCUGUCACCUACGAGAAGGAGGAGGAGGAGGACGAGAGGGUGAGCUGUGAGAGGGACGAGUGGUGGUGGGACUGUCUGGAGGUCCUCAGGGAGAACUGCCUGGUCACUCUGGCUAACAUCUCCGGCCAGUUGGACCUGUCCAUCUACCCAGAGAGCAUCUGUCUGCCCCUGCUGGACGGCCUGCUCCAUUGGGCUGUUUGUCCCUCGGCCGAGGCCCUGGACCCCUUCCCCAUGCUGGGGCCCCAUGGGGCCCUAUCCCCCCAAAGACUGGUGCUGGAGACCCUCAGCAAGCUGAGCAUCCAGGACAACAACGUGGACCUUAUCCUGGCCACGCCGCCGUUCAGCCGGCUGGAGAAGCUGUACGGGACGCUGGUACGUCUGGUCGGGGAGAGGAAGGUGGCCGUCUGUAGGGAGAUGUCUGUGGUCUUACUGGCCAACCUGGCCCAGGGAGACGGCAUGGCGGCCAGGACCAUCGCUGUGCAGAAGGCCAGCGUAGGUAACCUCCUGGGCUUCCUGGAGGACAGUCUAACGGCCACGCAGUACCAGCAGAGCCAGAGUUCCAUGAUGCACCUACAGGGGGCGCACUUUGAGCCCACUAGCGUGGACAUGAUGCGGCGAGCGGCCCGCGCCCUGCACGCCAUGGCUAAGGUGGAGGAGAACCACUCAGAGUUCACCCUGUACGAGUCCCGCCUACUGGACAUCUCUGUCUCACCACUCAUGAACUCUCUGGUAUCCCAUGUGAUCUGUGACGUACUCUUUCUGAUUGGCCAGUCA